AUGAGGCUUUCCAUUAGCAUCUAUGCUUUGUUGGCAGUAUUUUCAUCCUGCUCUUCAGCAGCUGGAGUGAAUAGUACCAGCGAUGCCCCUACACUGCAGUUGAGCACGGACUCCGCCUUUAACUUUCAAUAUCUCAUUGCACUCGGUGAUGCCCUAACUGGAGGAGCGGAUAUUGCUCCUGUCCUCGGUGCUGCCAAAUACAUCACUGCUGGGGACAUGGACUCAUUCAGUGAGCAGUUUCACAAGCUCGCCAGCCUCACCAAGGAAAUGGCGGAAAACCCAGAAAACGCAUACGACCCGAUCAACGUGAGAGACACGUGGUUCUCUGCUGCCCAAUACUUCCGUCGUUCGGAUAUGUACCUGCAUGGCAACUGGAGCAAUCCCUUGAUAUACUCCCUGUGGGCAGAGCAGACUGCAGCCUUUGAUAAGGCAAUUGCUGCGCUACCUGUACCUGGCCAACGUGUUCGCAUUCCCGCCAAGAAGGGCAACUUCACGAUCGAAGCAAUCUGGUACGGUGCAUUAAACAACAAUAGCGACCCACUCCCGACCUUGGUGAUCGGAAAUGGAUUCGAUGCAGCCCAAGAAGACUCCUAUCAUUACUUCGUUGCUGCUGCCCUGGCGCGAGGUUGGAACUGUAUUACUUACGAAGGACCAGGCCAGCCUACUGUAGUUCGUGAAGAGAAAAAAGGAUUCAUCCCGGAUUGGGAGGACGUUGUGAUCCCGGUUGUGGAUUAUAUUCUCUCUAUGAAGUCCCAGAUUGUGGACAAGCGCCGCCUGGUACUUGUCGGAAAUUCCUUUGGUGGCUAUUUGGCUGCACGUGCGGCAGCAUUCGAGCCUCGGCUCUCCGCUGCCGUUCUCAUCGAUGGAGUUUGGGAUCUAUAUGCCGGGUUCUCGGCACAGUUACCAUCUGACCUGUUAGCUAUGUACGAGGCUGGGAACUAUACCGAGUUUGAUCAAAAGAUUCUCUCGCUGCGCAGAGCCAACAAGCUCACCACCAACACUGCUUGGGGCCUCGAUCAGGGCCUGUGGUCGUUUCGCACGCACUCGCCUUCCAACUUCUUUAAUCAGACAAAGCAGUAUCGACUGGCAGAUGUUGUGGAAAGAAUCAAAAUGCCGGUCUUUGUCGGGGCCGCCCAAUACGAAACGAUUUUCCCGGGACAGGCACAACAGGUCGCUGAGGCAUUAGGUGAUAAUGCGACCUUGUACCAGUUCAAUGGGACUGGAGGAUAUCAUUGCCAAACCGCAGCUGGACAGGAAAUGACGCGAACAAUUUUUGCCUGGAUGAAUAAGACGCUGAAUGCUUUGGAUAGCCACAAUGAGGAGUGAUAGUACUGGUGUUUCCGGAUGUGUAUAGUGAAAGUGGUGCGAAGACGCUGGUU